GUCUGUGUGUGUGUGUGUGUGUGUGUGUGUGUGUGUGUGUGUGUGUGGGGUGUGCUAGGGAUAUGCGUAGUCGAAUCGGCUGAACUGUAGGGGUGUUAGCAGAUUGAUCACUGUGUUGUUGGAAGGAUAGCCGUGUGUGUGUGUGUGUGUGUGUGUGUGUGUGUGUGUGUGUGUGUGUGUGUGUGUGUGUGUGUGUGUGUGUGUGUGAGAGAGUGUGUCAACAGAUGUUUCAUGGGCUAUGAUUCUAUUAACAAUAUGUGGACAGCAGUAGUAUUAUAUGAUACAAUUCUUAUAACAGAUGUGUUUGUACGUAGUGUAGGAUAAAAGUGUAAUUCAAUGCCUUUGAACAAUGAGGGAUUGUAUAAUUCGGUGCCUUAAUGUCUGUGGAGAAGCAACGCCUCUAUUGUUACACAUAUGUCUGACGACCAUGGCACCCCCCGGCUCCAUGUUGAUUAUGGGGGAGCUGUCUAUGGAAGACACAGGCUGUUUGAUGGCUCCCUGGUACUAUACAGAGUGAUUUGAUGUGUGUGUGUGUGUGUGUGUGUGUGUGUGUGUGUGUGUGUGUGUGUGUGUGUGUGUGUGCGUGCGUGUGUGUGUGUGUGUGUGUGUGUGUGUGUGUGAGAGACGUAAUAAUGUGCUUUUUAUAUUCUAUCCCACUAUAUUACGAAAACCGACUUUGGUUCACAUUGACAAUAUAUUAGGUGAUAUCAUGAUACUAUUAAGAUAGUUUAGUAAUUUUUCAUCCGUAUUUGGAUCAACUUUAUUUUACCAUUAGUAUAAGGUCUGUCUAUGAUGCGUUGAGUGGGCGUAGGCCUGUAGGACCUACGUGUGCGUGGGUCCAGUACCUAUUGGACAGGCGUCUAUGACGUCGGGGGCCUUAGGUGCGAAUGAUGCAGAUAGGGCGUCUAUCAGGCAUAAAUAUACGGGGUCCCGUGAUACGGGAGCGUACGACCUCCGACCCAGACGUUAGCCACACUAUUCUAAGUUAGUAAACGCGUCGCAGCAGCUGGAAGAAAAAAAAAAAAAAACAUCGAUCCGUCCUGCACAACUAUGCCGACUGACUCGAAUUGCGGUGCCGGAGGCGAGAGCGUGAAACAGCAGCAGGGUCCACGUGGAAAUUUGCAGGAUAUUCGGCUCAACAGACCGAUUCUAGCAGACCAGACUAAUGUGCUGACAAGCGGUAGUUUUGUACCUAUCGAGGCCAAUGUCAUUCAGCGCCCCUCCGGACGACUCAACAGACCGAUUCUAGCAGACCAGACUAAUGUGCUGACAAGCGGUAGUUUUGUACCUAUCGAGGCCAAUGUCAUUCAGCGCCCCUCCGGAACAAAUCGACUGACCAAGAAGAAUUUGAAAAGAUCGGCGGGAAUAGGCGGGGCUAUACCCUGCUCACCGCAGGCCAUAGAACAGCUACAAAUUCCUUAUAAAAAGGCCCGCAAGGACGCCACCCACGGUGGUCUAGCUCCGGAGAAUUUUACCCAUGUUAUUCAGGCCGUUAUAAAUCCGCAAAUCGCGCCACAUGGAGCGGCAUGGACUGAUUCCAACCACCAAGUGAUUGCGGACGUGGAGGUGCGUGUGUCGGCGGCGCCUACAGAGACAGUCGCCGUGCAACCGGAUGGGACUAUACAACACGUCUAUGGAGAUCCCCAGUGUGCGACACCAGCAGGGCUGACCAUCAAUGAUUGGCCUGGUCUUGACGACAUCCUGGACGCGUCCUGGAAUUCAUCGCUGCUGGAACAUAGCGACUUCACUCCAGCUCUGUGGGUCGACUCUCCAGCUACAUCCGUAGAGGCUACCACCAGUGCAGAGCCUGUACAACACCACCAGCCUGCAGGCCCUGCAUCUGGAUCCCUACACGCCAUUCAAGCCCCUAUCUGCGACUCUCCGUGUAUCGUGAGUCCCAUCGCUCAUGAGGUAGCGGUGCUGCGGCUACCAGCCGGUCCCGCAAUUGCUGAUGGUGAAUACUGGGCUGUGCCGCAAGAUGCUAAAUGGCGUAAAGAAUUUGCUGAUAAAUUAGCCGUGUUAACUGCAACGGUGGCUGUAAACUCCUCAGCCAUUGAUCGUCAGAUUAAACGUGGUGACAGUAGAUAUCAGGCUCUCGAAGAGCAGACGAAGCAGUCCUUCAGCGCUAUCAGGCUCGAAAAUGCGCGUGAUCGGAUGAUUGCUGAAUCCCCAAACACUGAAACCAGUAAUGGACGUGCAAUUGUGGUCCUUCAACGUAAGCAUUUGGCGGCCGCGGUAGCUGUGCGAGGCAACACGCAGGGCAUAGCGAAAAUUAGCUCAGUAGAGGCGUUAAGAGCUUCUAAAACCGCUCGAAAAUUAUGGUUAAUGGAAUCUACUUGCAAAGCUAACCUGGAUGCCUAUAGGGCAUUGUGUACCGAGAUGUCUGUGAUGAGUGACACAGUAGCAAAGCUCUCGUUGAAUGCUAUUAUUUGAUUUGUGUUUUUGUUUUUUUCUUUUAUCUUGUGGAGAGGGUAUUUUUUUUUGUUUUAAACUGCAUGUAAUAAAACUUUUUUUUCAUUUAAUACCUGACUAAUUAACGUUUUUUUUUUUUUAAAUAUAAUUUUUAUAUAUAUAUAUAUAUAUAUAUUUUAUUUUAUUUUCUAUCGGCAUUAAAAAAAAAAAAAAACUAUAGCCGUACACCAUGCAUAACGCCAUUAACCCUAGAAAAAGGAAAUUCAAAUCUAUAGACGGUAAUCCCAAGAGACGGCGUAGAUCUGAUAGUGGGGGUAGCAUUAUGGAUUUAGAACUUGAAGAGAUGACAAUGCGGUAUGACGCAACCGGCGAUACGUCUCAUUUGUCGGGCAUAGGCCAUGUGGUGGGUGGGGACAUGUAUGCAGAAGGUUGUUUAGACAGGCGGGAAAUAUGUGUUGGCGUAGAUAGAACUAGACGGGUGUUAAUUGCAGCUGAUGCAUGGGGUCGUAGCAUGGCUAAUGCUCUAUAUCAGGCAGCACAGAUAAAUGUUUCGAACGAACCAUGUCUAGAUGACGUGGUGGGGCUAGAGGCACCAGGAGAUUUAGACACAAGGGGUGUGUUGUAUUCGGGGGGAAACACACGAGAUGUACUUAACGCUGUCGGGGGGCGGUUGGAUAGUGCACAAGAGAGUCUAUACAUAUCCACACAGAUCGAUGUAUUGCAUGGGUCGCAACGUGAUGAAGGGAUUGGCGCGGGUUUUCAGGACCCCCCGGCCGCGGCAGGGGUCCCUAUAGAGUCGAGGGGUGUGGUGUAUGUGGGGUCAAACACGCAAGAUGUACUUAACGCUGUCCGGGGAUGGUUGGAUAGUGCACAAGAGAGUCUAUACAUAUCCACACAGAUCGAUGUAUUGCAUGGGUCGCAACGUGAUGAAGGGAUUGGCGAGGGUUUUCAGGACCCCCCGGCUGUGGCAGGGGUCCCUAUAGAGUCGAAUAUACAGGUCGGUGGUGGUGGCGGUGGUGGUGGCGUGGGGGGUGGCGGUGGUGGCGGUGAUGGCGAUGCUGUUGUUGACGAUGAUGGCGAUGCUGUUGUUGACGAUGAUGACAGUGGUGACGGUAGCGGUGUGGGGGAUGGAGGUGCUGGUGAUGGUGCUGCUUAUGAUGGUACACAGGUGUCUGCUGUAACGGGGGAAGAUAAUGGCGAGUUGCAUACCAGAUUAUUUCCCCGGUUUAACGGCUUUGAGGUUAGACAGUCCAUUGACCUGAGAAGUAUAUCCCUUGCAAAUUUACAGGAGGUCCCUGAUUUGAUCAGGGAGAGACUGUCAGAUGCCAUAACAAGCUGCUCGCAAAGUGCAGCCGAUGGUAGUGUCUUAAACGUGGUGCUGAGAGGUCCUUCAUUGGCCUCUGAUGUACAGGCUGUGCUCGUAACGGGUGACGAUUACAAUGAGGAUUUGUUUAUGGAGCAUAUUAGCCAAGUCAUACAGAGCAACGACACAGGUCUGACGGAUGAUGUGCUAGAGCUGGUGGUCACAGGGGUCCACAACAAACGGGGUGGGGCACGUUUGAAGUUAAAAAACAUUCCCUAUGAUGAAAUCAUACACAAGAAGAAGCUAAGUCUCUACACCCCGAGUAAUACUCAUAACAAUUUGUGUUUCUCACUAUGCAUGACACAUUUUCUGCAUGAAGGGGUAACCGGGGGUGACACAGCGUCCGAAGAGACUAAUUUGGAGGCGGCUCGCAAAUUACACAGUGAUCUGGGGUUUGACCCGGAUCACUCUGUGGGUUUCUCGGAUGUUUCCAAAUUUGAGAGACAUCUAGAUGUUAAAAUCCUGAUAUUUCAUCAUAAUGACACAUUCAGGAAGCUGGAGAUGUUCCAGACACAUACAGCCCAGCAUCCUAAAACAGUAUGGCUGUACCUCCAUGAUAGCCACUAUCAUUGC